GCCACUCCCCUUGAUGUAAUAUCUAGGUUUGAGCAGAAGGUAGGGUGCUGCAGAGCCCGCCCUUUCUGAAUUGUCUGGGCCAACUCCUCUUUCCACAACAGUUCAGGCUUCACUGCAACUCUGGCUUCAGCACCAACAACUGCUUUCUGAAGCAAGAUGGCUAAGAUGGACAGAAAGCUGUGCUCUGGAAGGAAACAAUGUUCCAGGUCAAACUAAGUUUGCUACACAGCCCCUCAAAUGCUUCUAGAAGGAAUCUGGAUAAGUCUUAUCAUGUGGUUUAUCUACGCCUUGAUUUCAUGUUUGUCCACAGAUGGAGUGGUUGUUCUGCCUGCCCCACAGAACCUCUCUAUACAAUCAGCCAACAUGAAGCACCUGUUGACGUGGAGCCCAGUGAUCAUGCCUGGAGAGACGGUAUUCUAUUCUGUGGAGUACCAGGGGGAGUACGAGAGCUUGUACACCAGCCACAUCUGGAUUCCCAGCAGCUGGUGUUCACCCACCAAAGGUCCUGAGUGUGAUGUAACUGAUGACAUCACUGCCACAGUGCCAUACAACCUCAGAGUCAGGGCCACACUGGGCUCACAGACUUCAGCCUGGAGCACUCUGGAGCACCCCUUCAAUCGAAACUCAACUGUCCUUACCCCACCCAGGAUGGAGGUCACCAAGGAUGGCUUGCACCUGGUUAUUGAACUGGAAGACCUGGGGCCCCACUUUGAGUUCCUUGUGGUGUACUGGAGGGAGGAGCCUGGUGCCAAGGAACAUGUCAAGGUGAUGACUGGGGGCCUUCCUGUGCACCUGGAAACCAUGGAACCAGGGGCUAUGUACUGUGUGAAGGCCGAGGCGCUGGUGAAAGCCAUUGGGAAGCACAGUGCCUUCAACCAGGCUGAGUGUGUGGAGGUGCAAGGAGAGUCUCUCCCAUUGGUGCUGGCUCUAUUCGCAUUUGUUGGCUUCAUGCUCAUCCUUGUGGUGGUGCCUUUCUCCUUCUGGAAGAUGGGCCAGCUGCUCCGGUACUCCUGCUGCCCUACUGUCGUCCUCCCAGACACCUUGAAAAUACCCAGUUCAUCCCAGAAGCUAAUUGCCUGCAGAAAGGAGGAGAUGGAUGCCUGUGAUGUGGCGGUGCUGUCCUCAGAGCAAUUCUUCCAGGCCUGGAUCUCACAGAAGAGCCCUGUGGAGUGACACCCUGGUCUGCAGGACUCAGGACUGGAAAGGCUGUGUUUCUGUUUUCCUCUAUGGACUAAAGGCGAGAAGUAAAAAGAGCCUGCUGUGUGCAUGUCUAGUAGCGAUGGUCAGAGGCACAGAGGUCAGGAGAGGUGACCUUCAGGACCCAGAGCUGCUAGGUGCUCACCGAGUGACCAUAGGGGAAGUAACUCCAUCCCUCUGCACGCCAGCUUUCUUUUCUGUAAUGGGGAUAGACUACACAUGGUUGAGUGGUCUGUCUGUCUCUAUAUUUACAUACUAGCACCUGCAAUGCUGUGGAGAAUCCAGUGGCACAAUACACUACGGCAGCUCAGCUCUUCUGGACAGUGGGGUAUAAAUGUGUAAUAAGGAUGAUCAAAGAGUACACCUGGAGCUGGAAGCAGGCCUGGAGUCUUCCUGCGGCAGGAGAAUCACAAGUUCUGUGCAGCUGGGGCUAGAGAAACCCUAUUUCAAAACAAAUAAACAACAAAACAACAACAACAACAAGAAAACCCAAAAAGCAAAAUCAAACAAAAUACACUGAUGGGUUUGGACCUUCCACUUUCCUGGAAGAAACCUUGAAGAGGAAAGGAGGAAGGGGAGCACCAUCUCACUUCAAGCCAGAGCCUGUGCCAAAGCAAAAGUGGAGGAGGGCCACAGCCCACUGAGGAUGGGACAUUUGGAGAUUCUGUGGGUUCAUGAAGCGCCAUCAAUGUGGCAGGGCGGGCAUACCAAGGACAGCAGGUGAAAUGCGUAGGAUGUGACGAAAACGUAGAACUAGAUCACUAGCAUGCGAUCCCACUGACACAACCAUGGUCACAGCAGGUGAUUACACCGGUGCAGCUCUGUCAACAGGAUAUGAUCACACUGACACAGAACCACGUCACCAGCACAUGAUCACAGUGCUCAGGAGCAGCCUGCUCCAGGGGUGUGGGACUGCAGAGGUUCCUUCUCCUGUGGAGUUGAGAAAUGCACAAGGGAGAAACACAACAAGGUUGCCCUGGGUAAACUUUCUGGGUUCCUGAUAAAAGUGGCUUUUAGGGUUUUAAUAACAACGGCAGCCUUGAGAGAGGUUUAAAGGGCCCCUUUGAGAGAGGAUGGGAGACACCCCAGGUAGCCCCUGGAGGGAGAGGAAUUUCUCAGUCUUCUGUGCAUGUCCCUGGGAGUAUUGGGUCAUGGGCUGCCUACCUGGGUGGCAGCUUCUGAUAGCACAAGAAUCUCAGCCGCAGUAGAUGUUACAGUCUCACAGGCCAGUGUGCCAUUGGGGGACCCCGUCCACAGGAAAUCCCAAGAGCAUUCUUCGUUAAGACAGUUCACUCGGGUUGUCAGCCCUCUCAGAUGCUCAUCAGGACCCCCUCUUCCACAACUGUCCGCCCCAGGGUGGUGUACCAGGGAAGGAUGGAUGGAGGAAGCUUCCUGAGGAGGAGGCCUUGGAGAGCCAGGCCCACUACCUUCCCAGCUCUGAGCCUGGAGCUUGGCUUGUCUCCACCUCAACUUCCGCUACUCCAACAGACAGGCCAGCCAACAGUUCCAACCAGGUGCCUCCCUAUUCACAGUAGAGGCCAGCUGCCCUGUCUCCACCUGAGGUGCUCCAGGAUAAAGAGGGCAGCUCUCCCCAGGGGUGUGGGACUGCGGAGACCAGCUCGCUGUCAUUGUGUCCUUUUGUAUACUUGUGUGUUGACGCUUAUAUGAAGUGUUAAUUUUUUAUUAGCUGAUAUGGAAACAUGCUCUGUUUGCAAAAAUAAAAAAAUGC